UCUCUUUUCAACAUCCACAUAUUCCCCUCCAGACAUCAGAGAGCGGGACUGUCUUCUCACCCCAUCGAACCUAUUCUCCUUGUCUACUCCAACCCCUACCCGACCCUACCCUCCCAUCCGUCCUCCAAUUCCCGCCCGACCGCCCCGGGACGAAUCCUUCAGCGAUCCAUCCUCCACCCUCCUCGAACAGUUACCACCCCUCCCCCCCCUUGCCACUCCUCUCAGAGAUCUACAAGUCUAGGCCAUCCUAGACCACCCCACCCCAUCCAACUUUCCAGGGCAGUCAUCCAUCUUACCCAUACAUGGGCUCUUCCACCCAUCUCACCUUAUCUCCAUCGAGCGAUCAAUCACGCAAAAAAGCAUCGUUCUUCUCACGCGCUCCCCCCCCUAUCCCGUAUAUCCGCGCAUCCACCACCCACCACGCAAGCAAGCAAGGGGUGUUCGGUUCGUCGAUGCCCGCAGAUGAGCCGCAGAUGA